AUGACUCAAAUACCCACGCCACCAGCCUCGCGACCGGGCUCAGAGGCACCCGAAGUGAAGGUGAAGCCGGAAGCUUUGGAGGAUUCGGUCCAAUGUUUGGAUACACUUCUUGAGAAAUACUUGCACCUGCUGGAUCGGCAGCAGAAACUACAUUCAAGCCUAGCAGAACGGCUGUCGUCGGGGUUUUUCUCUCUCGCCCAGGCCAAUUUCUCCAGUCCUCCUGGCCGUCGUUAUGGUCCUGAUUAUUAUGAUGGGCGCAUGAAAGCAACGAGAAAGAUAUCAAUUCAAUCCGAACCAAACACGGAGAAAUCCACAAACGAUCCGCAAGAGAAAGAGGAUAUCACUGCGCUACCUGUUUCUGAAUAUACAUUCUCCAUCAAUACCACACCCUGUCAGAGACCAGAGAAGGCCGAUGAGAACAACGAAACCAAAGCUUCUUCUUCAGUCCUGGGUGGACAGCUCGAGGCCUCCGGGGAAAGUAGCCCGGCCGAGACGGCUAGCUCGGAACCCUCUGACAGUGCAGAAACCGAAAUCACCCCUGUCGAAAAACCAAACCCCGCCUCUAAGAAGUUCCGUUCUGCCGAUCCAAUUCAUUGGUAUGGAAUAUUGGUCCCCCAGUCGCUACGCAGGGCGCAAGACUCUUUCGCAAAUGCGAUAGAUAAUCAGGUGCCAGAUUUGGCCAGCACAACAGUCGAAAUGCGAGCCCUAGAACAGCAGAUAAGCCGCGUAAGGGCUCGGCUGGAAAUUGAAUCCUCCGACGCAACUGCGUUGUAG